GAACACAAGAUGGAGAACGCGCCGCUUAUUAUACUGAUGCAGACCUAUCUCAACUGGUUCGUUCUCAUCCUACUUGGCCAUUUGCGUGAUAUCCUUGGCAAAACAUUCAAGAAAUCCGAGUAUCGCUACUUGCAAAUGAACGAGGGAUAUGCGCCAUUGGUAUCGGACUUUGACUCUUUUUAUACGCGGCGACUUUACAUGCGCGUCCGCGACUGUUGGAAUCGACCCGUUACUGGUGUAGCCUCCCGCACCGUUCAACUCUUGGAUCGCACGACGAAAGACUACAACAGAACCUUCCAGCUGACCGGCAAGAUAUCCGAGUGUCUCAAUUUCGCGUCGUACAACUAUCUUGGAUUUUCGCAGAAAACGGGACCGUGCGCCGAUGCUGUGCAACAAGCAGCGCUUGAACGCGGUCUUGUUUCCACCACUCCCCGUGCUGAAGGUGGUACCAGUGAUAUGCAUGCCCACCUUGAACGCCUUGUAGCUGAAUUUGUUGGCAAAGAAGCCGCCAUGGUGGUCAGCAUGGGUUUUGCUACCAAUUCGACAACGAUCCCUGCGCUUGUGGGCAAGGGCUGUCUGAUCAUUUCCGACGAGCUGAACCAUUCCUCGAUCGUGUUUGGCGCCCGUUUAUCAGAAGCUUCGGUGCGGGUCUUUAAGCACAACAGUAUGCAGGAUUUGCAUGAUGUAUUACGAGAAGCUAUUUCCCAGGGCCAGCCAAGAACCCAUCGUCCAUGGAAGAAAAUCUUGGUCGUCGUUGAGGGUCUUUAUUCCAUGGAGGGUACGAUUGCCAAUUUACCUGAGCUUCUCAGGCUCAAGGACCAGUUCAAGUUCUACCUGUACGUGGAUGAAGCCCACUCAAUUGGUGCGCUGGGCGAGCAUGGUGGUGGCAUCUGCGACCUAUAUGCCGUGGAUCCUGCACGCGUGGACAUCCUGAUGGGAACAUUUACAAAGUCUUUUGGAGCUGCUGGUGGAUAUAUUGCCGCAAGCAAGAAUGUAAUUGAUCAUUUAAAGUUACGAAAUCAUGCCUACGUUUAUGCAGAGCCAAUGCCGGUGCCUGUUAUUCAGCAAGUGCUCACAAGUAUGUCUAUUAUCUGUGGUGAAGAAGAAGGACGAUGGCGCAUUCAGCAACUGUCAGACAACUCCCACUACUUUGCAUCCCAGUUAAGAAAAAUGGGGUUUAUUGUUUAUGGUGACCGUGGCAGUCCGGUGAUUCCACUGUUAUUGUUCAAUCCUGGAAAGAUAGCAGCGUUUUCACGUGAACUUUUAAAGUGUGGCAUUGCCGUCUGCGUCGUAGGAUACCCCGCUACAUCGAUCAUUUCUUCACGCGCACGAUUUUGCUUGUCUGCAUCACAUACAAGAGAAGAUAUCGAUCGAGCAUUAAAAAUCAUCAAUAGUGUAGGUGAUGUCCUGAUGCUAAAA